AUGUCAAGUUUCAAUCUCACACUAAGAGACCCAGCUUUUGACUUUCUAAUGCCCGAUACGCAGAACCUAGUCUUUGAAUAUAUUGGAGAUGAGAUCAUUGCGGAUUUUAAAGGUUCUGGUUCUGAAUCGCUCCUCCAAAUACUCCAAGUGCCAGAUCUCUCAGAUGACGAUGCGUCGGACAUUAUAAGCACUGUUUUCACGGAGAUGCUAAUACUUUUUGAAGACGAAAAGUUGGAUACAAAAACAAUAGCCGAUUUUUUGGCUUUGGCAUUAACAGAUGAGAUGAAGGCAGCUAUAUUCUGCCAGGUGUUGGAUGUUUUUCCUCAGACUGAGAAGCUACAACAACUCUUAGUUUUUCUCUAUGAGAAACAAAAGAUAAUCAAACCGUCUACUCUCGCUCAAUUUCUCGAUUCAGAAUUGUUGAUUUCGCUGCAGAUCGUUCCUAGUGGUCCUCUUUAUCGUCAGCUAAACACGCGUAAAAGAGAUGAGUUUUACACCCAGAAGAAGUUCAAUUUAUACCAUGAGGAGUUUGAAGGCUAUUCAAAGUUGAUUAACGAAAUGUAUUCAAUUUUGAAAAACCCAGAUUGUGCAUUUCAAGUGAAUCUUGCCGUCCAAGUAGUAGAGCUGAUGAUUGGCCAUUAUCAGUUAGAUCCCAAUCGUGUUCUCGAUAUUCUUUUGGAUAUUUUCAGCAAUUUCAUUGUUGGCCAUCACAAGUUCAUCGUGCAAUUUUUCAAAGCUUCGAAAUGGUGGCCGUCUACUCCAGCGGAUGCCAUGAGUGGCUUCGAGACCUUAAAUAUAGGUGGAUGCGAAGCAGCAACGAAUUGCUUGGCUUUGAAAUUGGCCAAAUACCCUUCUGACAGGGAAUUACCUGAAACUUUCAAAGCUAUGAUUUCGAUCUUGAUCAAAGAGGGGUUCAUUAGUUUUGGACAACUCUACAACUGCUUCCAACGCAAACCUGAUGAAAUGUCUAUCUUGGAAAAGCAGUAUCAGAAGGAAUUAGAAGAUAAAGUAUUCCGAGCAAGUGCUAGUGCAUUGGCUUUGGCAGCACCAUUAGCUGAUGAUGAAGAAGAAGAAGGUGACAAAACUAAGAGUUCAAUAAACUCCGAUGACAAGUCAAAGAAUGACGUUUCUAAACAGACUUGCGAAUCAUUGAUCAAGCAUAAUUUUGAAUUCCAAAUGCUCAAAUCCUUUUUGGGAAAUGGUCUUUAUUGGCCCGCCGUUUAUAUUCUCUCAAAGUACCCGUUUGUUGUACAUGUUGACCCGGAAGUACCUGAGUUAAUGCAUCGUUUAUUGAGCGUUAUGCUUCAACCGAUCUAUGCCAAAGUCAAUUCGCUUGCAGGACUGGAUUUGAUAGCUUUUCAACAAGAAAAACCUUUAGCCUUCCCCCGUCCGCUUAACAAAGUGCAUUAUGAAGACCCACCUCAGUCAAGUUUGUAUUGUUUCAAACCUAUGGCUAAAGCUUUCAGCAACAAAAAGCUUGUUUAUUUUUAUACGGAGUGGAAAGAAGGACUCCCUUCAGUUUCUUCCAGCGAAGAUUUGAUCAAGAUUUCUCACCAAUUCAUAAAGUUUUAUGGUGUGCAGCUUGCGAGUGACAUCGGUAAUUUUUCAAAGCUAUGUGAGGUGAUAGUUGCAGAUCUUGAAAAUGACUCCUCUGACCCUAAUAAGGAGAAAUGGUUUUUCUACUUUAAAAAUUAUAUUUUCCCAGCUAUUGGAUCUAUUCAAGAAAACCACAUCCCAGCUGAUAAAGCGUUUGAGGUCAUGAAGUUUUUUAAAGAAGAGGAAAGGUUUAAUAUGUACGGUGAACUUCAUCAAGUGCUUGCGAAGAACAAUCCACAUGUGAAAAUUAUGUAUGGAAAGGCUGAGAAGGCCACAAAAGACUUGUUGAAACGUCUUUCAAAAGAAAAUGUUGAUCAGAUGAUGCGCCGAUUGGCGAAGGUUAGUUACUCUAAUCCCCUUCCCUGUUUUUUGACAAUUUUGCAACAGAUUGAAAGUUAUGAUAAUCUCAACAACUUGGUUGUUGAAACUGCAAGGUACUUCAACAACUACGGCUGGGAUAACUUGACUCUCGCAAUAUUAAUGAGACUUUCUGCUUCUGGGAGAACUAGUUUCCAAGCGGACGGCUUAAAUGAGCGUCAAUGGAUUCAGUCCCUUGCAUCUUUUGUGGGUAAGUUAUGUCUGAAAUACCCAGAGAAGAUUAACUUACAUACCAUUCUCCAAUUUCUCUUAAAGUCUUUUCAUAACAAUGAGGGCUCAGGCUUACUAGUUCUCAAGGAGAUGCUUUCCUAUAUGGGUGGUAUUCAGGCUAUAACGAACUUAACUGUCCUUCAAUUAAACCUCAUCGGCUGUGGCUCGUCUUUGCAGAAGAUAGUGUACGCCACUAUCGGAGAUCAACGAUUUGAGAGGCAAUUAUCUGGGAAAAUUCUUUGCGAAACUUUAUUUAGUCGUGACGUGGUGAAUGAGUUUCUAGUACUUUUGUGCAAGCUAAAUGCUGCUCUCAUAUCGGGUUCUGAACUCUCGCAUCUCAAAGUUCUUGCAAACAAAAAUGAUGAUAUUGAUGCAGUCUUGCAUCUUUUUUGUACACUUAUUGAUGUUUUUGGAAACGAAGAACAAUCGAAAAAUCUCCUUAAUGUUUCUGUUUUAGUUGAAGAUUACGGAGUGCCUAUCCCGUGGGCUUUUGAAGUAUGGAGAAAAUAUUUACAACCCGAGGACAUUGAAGAGCUCAAAACUGGCUUGCAGGAUACCAAUCAUACAUCAUUGAAGACAUGUUUAUCAACUGAUAUGUUUGUUACGUUUUGGAAGUUAAAACUCUACGACUUGAACUAUUCCACAGCACUUUACGAAUCAGAGACUGAAAAAUUGACCAGUAAAAUAAUAAGCCUCAAAGAAUGGAUAAAUUUUGCUAGAAGAGAUCGGGAAACAACAAAAGAGUCGCUACUCAAAAGCACUUCUGAGCUUAGACAAACAGAAAAAUACAUCUCUGAGAUUCCUCGAGAACAGGCUGCCCAUGAGGAGCAUAAUAAAAUGAUGAUCGACAGUCUUGUUUCUCUGUCACGUCUGUGGUUUGCGGAUGCGAAUAUUGAUAGUAUCAAAGCCACAACUACUCAUCUUCUUCAAGAGUGUAUCCUUCCUCGAGCUGUACACUCAUCUUUUGAUGCUCUUUACAGUGCAGAAUUCCUUUUCAAGCUCCAUGAUAUUGGUACCCAAAACUACUCCAUUAUUCUUGCCUUAGAUGGAUUGUUCAGGACAAAGUUGCUCUUUGGCACUUUGUUCACAUGUACACCAACAGAAGCUGAGAACUUGGGAAUUUUCUACUCAGUAAUUUUAACAAGAUUGAAUUCAUGGACAAACGAAAGUGUCUUCAACGAGCAAUUACUGAAUGGUACCCUCUUCACUACUGAUAUGGGAUCGCAGCUUACGUUGAACGAAUUCAGACAAGCCGUUUUUGAUUACCACAGUGAUCUUUUGGAAGACAUUUCUCUGGCAUUGACUGUCCAGGAGUACAUGUCUAGAAGAAACGCCAUCAUCUAUUUGAAGAAUCUUUUAGGAAUUUAUCCUUCUGUUGAAGAUCAUUGCGAAGCUAUCAUUGAACUUAUUGAAAACAUAUCGAAAGACGAGAAUCGUGAUGAUUUGAAACUUUCGUCAAGUGCUUUAAUUGGCCAUGUAAAGUCGCGCUCGGGAUCAUGGGUCCAUAUGUGGGAUUUCAUUGACAUGCCUGUUGAUGCCAAAGCCAAGCAGGUUGAAAAACGAGAAGAAAUUAAGAAGAUGCGUGAAAAGGCUCGCCAGCAGGAGUUGAAAUUGAAACAAGAAGCAGAAAAGAAAGCAUAUGAUGAAGAGCAAAAGAGAAUAAGAGAACGUCAAGAAAAACUUGCAAAGGAGCGAGAAAUGGAAAGAUCAGCACAAGCACAGGCUGCUUCUACUUCUAUAAGCUAUGAUGAUUCUAAGCCCAGGACAGAGAGAUCACAUGCGCGAGUGGACGAAUCCGCCAGAGGGAGAUACGAUCGCUACUCUUCAUCUGCUAGUGAACAAUCUUCUCUGCGUCCCAAUGGAUCUACAUCGGGUGGAUCUAAACCCAUUAAAGGCGAAGAAAAAAACAGCUCUUUGAAGGAUGCUAAAAACCUGGGACCAUCUAAAGACUCGACCAAAGAGUCUUUGAAGAACCCUCCCAGGGAACCACUGUCUACAGCAAGAGAACCAGCGAGAAACUCUGCCCCAAAAGCACCUCUCAAAGACAAUAAUGGAACAAAACCACAGAAAACCUCGGGACAUCCUACAAGGACCACCGUUUCUGUUCCAUCUCAGAAUCCUCAGAAGCCAAUGGAUCGGUCAAGAACACAACCAGAGAAGUAUGUUAGAGCCCCUGUCCCGCCUCCUACUCAGAGCCUGGGUGAAGAUCUUUUCCGUCUGAAGCUUGGGCCAAAGGGAACCUCAAGACUAAAGGACAAGAUUAACGAAGGAAAACAGAAAUAUAGGGAGAAUAAGGCGCUGUCUGAUGUCGCUAAAAGUAGAACAUCUUCCCCAGCGUCCAAUACAAGCUCUCGUCCACUGACGCCUGCAGCAGUUCCUCCUCCACCAACACCCCCAGUGCCUACGAAAAGAGCACCCUUGCCUCCACAACAGGCUCCACCUAGACCAGGCUUCGGAAGAGACGGAUAUGGAGGCCGCCCUAGUGGGCCACAUAGGCCAAAUACUCAGCAAGCAGGCCCAUUGCCUCCUCCAAGUGUUCCUCCGCCUAGAAGCGAUGGCAAGGACGGACGUUAUCGGAACGAUAAUAAAAGAAGAUACGAGGGUAGUGGGCACUAUGAUAAGAGACAAAGAUACUGA